AUGGAUCAACGUAUAUUAAAGAUUGAAGAACAUGUUAACGAGACACUGAAGACAGAUCUAAAAAAAACUUUAGAUGCUGGGGAUGUAAUAUAUUCGCAAAUUUCUGAAUACUUAGAAUUAAAAAAUCUCAUUGAAAAGAUGAGAGAUAUUGACGUGCCUCAAACGAAUUUGGAAACGAAAGUGAAUGUGGGAAGUAAUAUUUAUGUGAAUGGAAUAAUUCAUUCUCUUGAACCUAUUGCAGUUGAUAUUGGUCUUGGCUUUUAUCUUGAAUGUAGUCAUGCUGAAGCUUUAAAGUUGAUUGAAUCACGUGUUUCUAUUCUAAAUGAACGCGCUAAUAUGUACAAGAAAAAGGCUAUUUCUAUAAAGGCUCAAAUUAAACUCUUUUUAGAAGGUCUCCGUAAACUUCAAGAUAUUAAAUGA